AUGAUAGUCAAAGCUAAGUGGUAUACAAAUGAAUGUCUUUCAAAUGUUUUAAAACAAGUGGAUAAACAUCGACGCCUCAACGAUCUCAUUAUUCAUCAUGAUCAAGCAUCAGCACACAAGGCGACACAAACAAUGGAAUAUUUAGAAGCUCAACGUGUUAAGUUGAUGGGUCAUCCAGCAUACUCACCGGGUUUGAGUCCCUGCGACUUCUUGCUCUUUCCAAAAAUUAAAGAAUUACUUCGUCGAAAAAAUUUCCAAGACAUUAAUGAACUUUAUGCAGCUAUACAAGAACAAAUGGACGGUCUUCGACAAGAAGAUUUCUGCUAA